UGAGGUAUAUUUAUGUGGGUUUCUGUCAUUUUUAUUAAAUACAAUUUUUAAACAGAUAUUUGAGAAAUGGCGUUAUAUGCACCAAACUAGAGAACAACGUUGUACUGAAUAUCCCAAAGAUAACCCUGAUUGUUGCCCUGCUGACCAAUACAGAAAUUCGUCAAUGUAUUUAAUGGAACCUUUAUUAAAUUGUGAUGGGCUAAAAAAUGAAUAUAAUGACAAUAUGUAUGAAUAUGAAGAUAGAAGUGUUUAUACUUGUAAUGCUACUACAGAAUGCCCAUCAAUAUUUAUGUUCUGUGAUCGUUCAAAAGGCAAACCUUAUUGCGCGUCAAAGGUAAAACUUGGUGGAAAUUGUAAAGGAUUCCCUCCAGGGACGGAUGUUUGUUGGAAUGGAACUUGUGUUAACGAUGUUUGCGUUUAUGUACCGACGACAACACCCUUACCCACAACAACAUCUUUACUAACAACAACACCCUUACUAACAACAACACCCUUACCUACUUCCACAAUUAAAAUGCCAGUAGAAACAACCACUCUUGCUUUACCCACUACUGUCAACAUGGAGUCUACAAAAACGGCUGAAUCUGAGACAAAAAAAGAACCAGACUUCUCAUCAAUAACAACACCAAAAGCCUUGGAACCUCCCAACUCUCCAAUACGCAUUUCAAAAUCUCCAUCAUCAACAUCAAAUCCACUGCCAAUAACUGUCCCUGGGGAAAUGAAAAAAGAUCUUCCAAAUGUUGCUCCAAUUGACACUACACCCCUUCCAAAUACUACCAAAACCUCUAAAAUAACGGGUCCAAAUCCAAUCGAAAGAAAAUCGACUCCAACAACUAAAAAGGUGCAAAACACUACCCCUUGUAAUCCAUACAACUUGAGCCCGAGUGAAAAAAUAAAAGAAUAUUUACGACGCUUAUUUGGAAAAAAGCCAAAGAAUAAAUGCAAAAAUUAA